UGACUGUACUAAAACAGAAGAGAAACGGGAACCAGUGUGGAUAAGGUCAGGAUCAUAGUGCUUUGCUAUUUAUCUUUCACUUUCAACUGCAGGAUGCUACGAGUCUGCUCACACUGCCAAACCGAAGCAUGACCCAAAACUUCACUCAUUAGAGGGUCAGGAUGGAACUCCCUGUGAUGCUCUUGUUGGUUGUAUGUAUACCAGUGGCUCAUGUUCAAGGGCGUCCUAAAGCCGUGUUGUCCAUAAUUCCUGAUUCACAUGUACUAAUUGGAGAGCGUGUUGUUCUUAAAUGUGAAGUUCAGGGAAGAAGAGGUGCUCAGUGGAUAUACAGCUGGUAUAAAAAUAAUAACAGACUCUCAGAGGAAGAGGAUGGUGACUACACAUUCAGACCAAUAAUGGGGUUAUUAAUAAUCCAGUUUGUUAGUGAGUCUGACAGUGGUGACUACACCUGCAGAGGACAAAGACGUGACUCUUGGAGAUCAAAGAUCAGUGAUGCUGUUACACUGACGGUAUUAGCAAUUACCAAACCAACUGUAAGAGUGAAUCCUCAACGCUCUGUCUACACUGAAGACACCAUCACUCUGAGCUGUGAUCUGCAACAGUCGACUGAAUGGGGGAUUUUUUGGUACAAAGAUUAUCAGGACUUACAGCUUCACAACGGUGAAAAUGCAAACACAUUUAACGUGACGGUUGCGAAUGAAGGAGAAACAGUGUACCAGUGUCGCGCACACAGGAAAAACUACAUAUACUACACAGAGCAUAGUGAUCCUGUUGAGAUUAUAGUGAGAGACCCAAACCGGUGGCAUCUAUAAUUCCUGAUAAACAGGUGUUCAGUGGAGACACUGUCACUCUGAGAUGUGAGAUACAGGAUGAAAGUGUA